UGUGAGAGGGUUGCUCGUGCUCGUUCAUAUGUUUUGCCCCGACGGGAUAGAGCUCAGUUACUCGUGUAAUACUUGUAGGGCUAUGUAUAUACACGUAUAGCCCUACAACGCCGGGCAUCUUCUUGCUGAUUCCACUUUCGAGCUGGUAGAUGUUUGUUGAGUUCUGGGGCGCCGCGAUUCCUUCGAAGAAAAAGCUACACGUCGAAGUGAACGAGAGGAAUGAGUACGUACACGUGACGCAGGUGGCACUCCCUGUGGACGCUGUUUCUGGACGCAACUCUCUUAUUCUUCGUCGCGGUGACGAAGAGUACGUUUUAUGUACCCUUGAUUUGGAUAAAUGUGCGCAGGCCAGUUUGGAUUUAGUGGUCGAUGUCAACUUCACGCUGAGCAACUCAGGCACCAACCAACUUCACGUAACAGGGUUGCGACAGUCGGGUGGCUCCAACAUCGAAAGCAUCCCUGUUGAGGGUCUGGCAUUAUCCACGCUGCAAAUGUUCGGGGAACCCAAACAAGUAGAGGAGAGUUUAAGCUUUCAGUCGAACAUUUUUGAGGACGAAGAUUAUUCAAGGGCAAAGGAGAAUGUCACGAAGAAUGAGACACACCAGAGUCAUAUUUCCAGGCCAGUUGCCCAUCCAAAAACGGAUAGGCGCUUCGAAUCAAGCACGGAUCGUGGCACGCAUUUGAAUGCUAGCACUUGCAGCACCCCACCAAAUAUGAAAGAAAUCUAUGAAGACUAUGCACAGAAAGUCACUGAAUAUUUGAAGAGGCACCCGAGGACACACAUUGCCGCGCUAGGUGGAAAGGUGAAAAAACCAAGAAACAUGAUGUGGAAGUUAAAGGCGUUUUUGAAAACACGCAGUGACAGGUAUGAGAUUGACGGCAACUUCGCCAGUAACGUGUGAAUUUCGAGAAAAUCGUGCACAACGUGGUGUUGUCUUCAGAGGGUUAGACAUUGAAAAAGAAAAAUGAGGGUCUGGCUGUCGCAUUUUUUGUUUGCAUUCGGGCCACAUCCGUUCUACUGUAUAUAUAUAUAUAUCCGUUCUAUAUAUAGUUUCGAGCUGGGAAGAUCCGGCGUCCUCCAAUCAUUUGAAAGACCCUAUUGCUUUUCACAGAAUUGUCGUCAACUUUUCAACAGAGUAUCCACAGAUAAGUUUCAAUGGACACACUGUAAGGAAAACAGUUAAAGCAAGAUCUUAUUAAGAUUAACAACGUCGCAUACGCAAAGUUGUAGUUACAAGUUGAAUACUCUGGUAUCUGUGAGGCACUACAACUAUCUACGAAGGUACGUGAUUUCACUGGCACGUGAGGGAUAUCAAAGUUAUCAUCGGCAGGAAACAACCUACAGAAGUAGUACUUUCGAAAGUACGAAGGUACUUCCAGAAGUACCUGUCAGCACUCAACCCUAUGAGGAGUCAGAACCCGCUGGGGAUACACCACUGAUGGAUGAGUCCGACAUUAAACUAUUCAGUGAAGUAUCAUCCUCAUGUAGUGCAUGCCGUUUCCGUGGAGAUAUGCCCUCGAAUGCCGAUGGAUCGACUGUUCCAGCUGUCGACAUUUGGCCCAUGAGCACCGCCAACACUGCCACCGUAUCGUCCACAACAGCAGGGAGAGACGCAAAUCUUGCAGGCGGGUGUUCGUGCGUUUCACGACGAAUUUCUGAGCACGGCACCCUAACACCUCUAAGAUGGUCAUACUUACCUGAGCAAGUCAAUGCACGCACGGCGUCGCGGUUCUCACCAAUGCUCGCCGUCUUCGAAUUAUAGUUCUGGGACUCGCCUACUUGUAUGCACACGGUUUCCUUCUCCAUAUUUUUCAAUAUAAACUCCCCUUCUGUCACCUCUUCCCCCGCGCUUGAUAGCUCUGCCUCAUUUCUCAAUUCUGAUUCGAGCGCCAUCAG